UUCCAGUUUAGUGCCGCUGCUGCUGUGUGUCUGCAGCAAAAACUCAGAGAGAAAACAGGAAAAGAGCUGAGCGCAGGGAGGGGCACUUUCGGAGGAAUUAGUACCACCGCCGGCACCGCAACAACCCCCAGUACCUUCGGAAUACGUGUUCUGGGGGGAUAAAAUCGGGAGCUCGGAUUUGCACUGCUUCUUUCCUUUCUUUCCCUUUUUACUGCCAGGACCAGGAGGGAGAGAGAGAGAGAGAGAGAGAGAGCGCACUGAUUUUGUUUUUUGUUUUUUUUUGCACCAGGGGCUUUUCUUUCCAGAGCCACCUCUUCUCUCCCUCUUCAAUCCCCACCCUUCUUCCUCUCCUUUGUCCGGUGUGGCUGAUCCAAGAGAGCUGCCGAGAAAAUCACAACAGCCUCCCAGCUUGUUCCCGAGAUGCCUAGCUCCCUGUUCCCCGAGCUGGAGAGGAAUGGCAGCGGCAGCAGCCAGGGGGUCGACGCCCUGGACGACCAAAGAGCUCUGCAGCUCGCGCUGGACCUCACCCUGCUCGACCUGGACGAGAACCCCGCGUGCGACAACGAACCCCGGAAGAAGAGCGUGAACAUGACCGAGUGUGUGCCCGUGCCCAGCUCCGAGCAUGUGGCCGAGAUCGUGGGCAGACAAGGUUGCAAGAUUAAAGCCCUGCGUGCCAAAACCAACACCUACAUCAAGACUCCGGUGCGAGGGGAGGAGCCCGUGUUCGUAGUGACUGGCAGGAGGGAAGAUGUAGCCAUGGCAAGGAGGGAAAUCAUCUCAGCAGCUGAGCAUUUCUCCAUGAUCCGAGCUUCACGAAACAAAAACAGCAGCAUGAAUGGGAGUGGCAACGUGCCUGGGCCACCUAACCUACCAGGUCAAACCACCAUACAGGUUCGAGUGCCAUACCGUGUUGUAGGGCUGGUGGUGGGACCCAAAGGUGCGACGAUCAAGCGCAUCCAACAACAGACACACACCUAUAUUGUGACCCCGAGCCGAGACAAGGAGCCGGUGUUUGAGGUAACAGGCAUGCCGGAGAAUGUGGAUCGGGCACGCGAUGAGAUCGAGGCACACAUCGCUAUGCGCACAGGUGCUGGGCUGAUCGAGUUCGCCAAUGCAGCUGACGAUAAUGACUUCCACGCCAAUGGCACAGACGUGGGCUUUGAAAUGCAUGCAGCCAGCACCAGCAGUCAUCACGCCAGUCUAUGGGGCAAAACGAGUGCAAGUGCUAGUGCCAGCGCCACUCCCAGCCUGGGACGCAAGCCCUUCGCCAGCUAUCGCAAUGACAGCUCCAGCUCUCUAGGUAGCGCCUCCACUGACUCAUACUUCGGCACCAACUACAGCCCUCCGAGUCCUGCACUGAGCUACAACAACAAUAACAACAACAACAACCUGAAUAUCAAUGGCAACUCGUUUGUUUAUGGCGGUGAGAUUGUAUCUCCUGACUGCGCUGAUCUCACGUUCGAUUCCUCGCCCGGAUUUGACCCGGCGCCCGGUUUGAUUUGGUCUCAGUACGAGCGUAGCAUGAGCUUAACAAACAGUGCUACAUCGUCCUCCAUAUUCCCUUCCAAUGCUUCCUCUAAUGCUAACGGGAUUCUGGCCAAUCAGAGGCGGCUGAAUGGGAUGAACUGCCCCACCCAGCCUCGUUUAUCUCCGCCCCUUCAUCACGUGGGCGGGAUCAGCGAACAUCCACUGGCCCGGAGGGUACGCAGCGACCCGGGCGGAGGCUCCUUAAAUUUCCCGGGCUAUAACAACAUGGCUUCCCAUCUCCCGGGGCUGCCCUCAGAUUCGUCUGCGUCCUCCUCGUCUUCGUCAUCUUCCUCUUCCUCCUCUUCCUCUUCCUCGGGAACGAGCCGUAAAGGCAGCCGGGACUGUUCAGUGUGCUUUGAGAGCGAGGUGAUCGCCGCCCUUGUGCCAUGCGGCCAUAACCUCUUCUGCAUGGAGUGUGCCAACCGCAUCUGCGAGCGCAAUGACCCUGAAUGCCCCGUCUGCCACGCUGCAGUUACUCAGGCAAUACGUAUAUUUUCAUAAUUAAAUAAACAAUUGAAAAACGAUGACAAAGACAUGACUAUGAUAGCAACAAAGAUAGCACCACGACGGAACAUUUAACCACAAACUCCUGUUAUGGCUUUAUGAAACUCCUAAUAAUAACGCGUCUAUCAUACGUGUAUAUACAUAUGUAUGUGAAGCUGCAGUAUCCAAAAAAGUGAAAGCCGAACGAGGGCUCUGGUGUCAUUUGCUUAUACUGUAGCUCGGGAAGAAUAAAUUUCAACCUCUAAUGCAUGUUUUAAAUGUAUUUAAAAGCCUAGUAAUCUACAUAGUUCUAGUACAGCGUACGCAGACAAAGUUUUAUCCGCAAAGUCCGGAGAAGGGCCGCAAAAAGUCUGGCCAAAGGUACGUGAGUCAGCGUGUAGACUGUUAACAAAGUCAGGCCUUUCGAUUUCACCAAGGAAUCGGAAAAACACGCUGCUAGACUUUCAGCAGCGACGAUACUGCAGCGACU